AUGGCAUUUAUACAAAAGCUUGCACAAGCGAUAGAAUCAGAAUUCCCAAAGGAAAGAGCAGACAGUUCCUGGGACAACACAGGGAUUCUUCUAGAAUUUGAUAAUACAAAAGAAAAUGCUUUACUCUGCAUAGAUUUAACAAAAAGUGUUCUAGAAGAAGCAAUUGAAAAGGGGGUGCAAACAAUUUUAGCGUACCAUCCACCAAUAUUCACUCCACUUAAGCAGAUAAAUCAAGAGAGUCCCAUACUGUACACAUGUAUAAACAAAAGAAUAUCCAUAUACUCACCGCAUACAGCACUAGAUGGAGGAUUAAAUGGGAUAAAUCACUGGCUAAGUACACUCAUCCCAGAAACAGAGCACAUAAAUACAUUCGGGUAUGUACAAACGUACAAGAAUAAAGUACCAAUUAAUGACAUACUUAAAUCACUCACUACAUCAUUAGGCAUACGCACUGUAAGGUACGUCCUAGGGGACACACAUACACUAUCAACAGUUCCCGUGAGUGUUUCAAUAGGAGCAGGUGCAUCCAGCCGCAUACUAAAGAAGUACAUUACAUCUGAGCAGAGUAUAAGGAGUACCUCUAAUUCUCCAUCAUUAAUAAUCACAGGAGAAUCCUCCCACCACGACUUACUCUACUUUCAGAGAAUGAACGCGUCUGUGAUUAUUUUAGAGCACUCCAGGAGUGAAAGAGGAUUUCUUCCAACUUUAUACGCCCACAUAAAAGAACUUCUACCCUCUGCAGACAUUUACAUCUCACAAGAAGAUAAAGAUCCAGUUGAAUUCUACACGCAAGAAUAAAGA